UGUUUUUUAAAAAAUAUUUGACAGGGUAACAAAUAAUUGGUUCUUUCUGUCAUAUCUUGUUGUCGUCUGCUGUCUACAUUUACAUGUAUCAUGGCAUCAACAUCAAAGAACAGUGAAAUGAAUCGGCGAGGAGAGUAUUAUGAAACCAUGGUACUAACAUUUCAAGAUGCCUCCCAUCCAGACAUUACAGUUGUUGUGGACAGGAAUGAGGCCAGAAGAAUCAGAGAAGGAGAUAUGCAACUCAUUGAAACAAUUAAAAAAAGAUGGAAAGAGACAAAUGCACCUGCACAGCAAUGUGAUAAAAGUGAAGCCUCUGCCACAAAUGCCACCACUGCUGAAGAUUAUUGUCAUGUUGAUGAAGACUCUGUAGGCAUAUCUGAGAAACAAGACUCUGUUGUAAAUAAAUGGAGCAACGAAGCAGUGAUGUGCUUGAUUACUUUGAAAAAAGAACACUCUGGGAUCUUUUCAUCCAAUUUGACAACACAGAAACAGGCGUGGCAGAAAGUAUCGGAGAUGAUGUGUCUAGAGGGCCAUCAUUUCACUGGAGAAGAGUGUGACAGAAAAUUUCGAUCACUUAAAAUGAGGCAAGUAGCACAUGUAUUGUAUACUUUUUCAUGCUGACCAAUUUGCAUGUUCUUUGUCCUCUCAAUAAUUUUGAUGAAGGUAAAGACUACAAAGUGUGACGCACACUUGUUUCCAUGCAAUUGAUCAAACUGAUUUUUUCUAUGGGGUGUUAUCUUCGCUUUUUAUUGAUUUGAAGGUGGCUCACUACACCUUGAAAUAGUUUGAGCAGAAAAUUAAUUGAUUGUGACAGAUAGCAUAAUAGUUAAGAAAUGUACAAGUCAAGUAGGCGAAUUAAAACAUUCAAAAAUUUAAUUCAGUAAUUGUGAACAAAAGGCCAAGGCG